AUGGAUCUGAAUCGAUUGUCAGAAACGUAUUAUGUGCAUUACAAAGGUUGGAAUAAACGUUACGACGAAUGGAUAACCGAAAAAUCGAUCGUUGGUCCAUUAAAUAAGGGAGCUGACACACCCCCACGGAGUGAAACCCCGAAAGUUCGUCAUUCAAAAAGAGAAAAGAAAACCAAAAAACCUGUUGACUGGUCCCCGGCUAAUAAUAACGUUCCUGUUCGAAAUGGAGAAAAAUUUGUGCGCAAAAAGAAUAACGUUGUUACAUCGAAAGCUAAGCGGUCGCCUUUGAACAAAAACAGCAAACAAGCUUCGUCCAUCUCAUCCAUUUUUGAAGCUUCUAGCGAUGAAGGCUUGACUAGCGAUGAGGAAGAAGUGGAUCCUUCUACACCCCGUUCGUACAUUGAUUUACUAGCAAGAGCAAGAAAGAGAGCCGAGAGGAAACGUGAAAGAAGAGAGUAUCCACAAGAAACUGUAUCUGGGAAAAUCUGAUGGUACAUGCUUGUGUUGCAGAUGCUAACCGGUGGACAUGCUCUUGCUAGUACAUCUUCAUCGACUGUAUCCAGUACAUGCAUGGAAUGCCAGAAUUUUGCUCCCAUCGGCGCUGACUACAAUUACUCCAGCCUUCGUUUCCAGUAUACUAAGGCACAACCUGCUAGUGAGUAUAGCACUUUUUUGGUGAUAUGUUGUUUCUGGUCAAGGGGCAAGCUCAUUUGGUGGAAUAGGUAUCCACUCAAGAUGUUUGUCUAA